CCACAAGUAGGCGCUAAUGCGACAGUUUAGAUUCCAAACAGUCAAACUCUAAAGAAGAAGAAAAAGACUGCGGUAGUGGGUGCCCGAAGUGCCUGCAUAUUAUCUGUCGUUGUCCUCUCAGACGAAAUUACAGCCAGGAUGGCACAGUGGGGUGCCAUAUUCUCAAUAAUAGCCGCCCUAGGAGGGGCGGCGCUCCUGGCCUCUGUGCACAAGAUCGAUGAGGGACACACUGGAGUUUACUACAGGGGAGGGGCUCUCCUGACCACCACCAGCAGCCCUGGUUUCCAUCUCAUGCUUCCAUUCAUCACCACCUACAAGUCUGUUCAGACGACGUUACAGACAGAUGAGGUGAAGAACGUACCAUGUGGUACAAGUGGAGGAGUGAUGAUUUACUUUGACCGCAUAGAAGUGGUGAACUACCUCAUUCCAUCCGCAGUGUAUGACAUAGUGAGGAACUUCACAGCAGACUAUGACAAAGCUUUGAUAUUUAACAAGGUUCACCAUGAGCUCAACCAGUUCUGCAGUGUUCAUUCCCUGCAGGAGGUGUAUAUCGGCUUGUUCGACCAAAUUGAUGAGAACCUGAAGCUGACACUACAGCAGGAUUUAACAGCCAUGGCACCAGGCCUUAUCAUACAGGCGGUCCGUGUCACUAAACCCAAUAUACCAGAAAGCAUUCGCAGGAACUACGAGCUCAUGGAGAGCGAGAAGACGAAGCUGCUGAUCUCUCAGCAGACACAGAAGGUUGUGGAAAAGGAGGCAGAGACAGAGAGGAUCAAAGCUGUGAUAGAGGCUGAGAAAGUAGCACAAGUGGCAGAGAUCAAGUUUGGACAGAAGGUCAUGGAGAAGGAAACAGAAAAAAAGAUCUCUGAAAUUGAAGACAGUGCUUUCCUGGCCCGGCAGAAAGCCAAGGCAGAUGCAGAGUUCUACACGGCACAGAGAACUGCUGAGGCCAAUAAGUUGAAGUUAACACCAGAGUACCUGCAACUAAUGAAGUACAAAGCCAUUGCAGCUAACAGCAAAAUCUACUUUGGCAAUGACAUACCCCAGAUGUUUGUGGACUCUGGCUCUGCAGGGAGCUCUAUCAAGGCCUCUGCAGCCAUGGACAUUAUUGGUGAGCAGAUGUUGGAUCUGGAUUAGCAGGGAAAGUAGUGGAAACCACAGGACCACCAAGGGGUGGAGGACUGUCCACUGGAGGGCAGGAGUCUGGAACACAGGCUGGUUUGUUGGCAGGUUCUCCCUCUGGCCCAGAGAAGCUCUGCUGAGCAGGACCCUUAUUUCUCAAACAUCUUACGAAAGUUUGAACGUAAAGUUCUCCUACCUCACAGCAGGGGAUUUUAAUUACUUCUGAGGAGAGACUGAGAUUGUCUGGAAAUUAGGUGGAAUAAAAAAUAAAAUAGCAUCACCAGUCAGUGUAUAAUAAGUUCCUUUAAAACUUUAGCCAAAACAGUAAUCAGAAGUAAUUGACCCUGCUGAUGUUCAGCUCUUACAGUCUGUGCAGCAAAUGCCCUCAGUCCAUUUAGCCACAAUAUCAGUUAUCAUAAAUUAAUGACUGUGUAUGUGUCCAUACUAUCAAUUUACAUGAUAGUAUUGAGCAUUUUAACCUGUUGUGACACUUAAGAGGAAAAGGCAAAAAUGUUUUUUCAGUUAGAGGGGAAAUUACUGAUUAUUCAGGUGCAAAGAAAUCAGUCACUGCUGUGGGUAACACAGAUCAUGGUUAGUUUAUCUUCAUUGUCCUUGUUACUUGACUUGACCAUUUGUUAACUCCUGCCCACCCCCUCCUUAGUUACUGUUGCUCUGCCCAAAACAAUGGAGCCUUCAUUUCAGAGGAAGACAAAAGGCUUCUCACUUCAAACUAAUGUGUCUUACCUUUGCCAGCUGAAAUGAAAUUUUAUCAGCUCUAGCUAACGGUCGCUCCAUGAGUUGGUUGUAGGUAUUGUCUUCAGCUUUCUUAUAAUCUUUCCAGAUGACUUGUUUCGAGUCAAGAUUCUUGUGGGUCUUAAAUAUAAACUUGAUAGUGACAUACAUGAUAUUGUGGUAAAGGACGGAGACUAAAGCUGCAUGUCUGUCGCAAAAAGUAGCAGAUCAAGCGGAACAUAGAAAAGCAGCAUUGUUCUUGUAUUGCAUUGUAGCGCCAGUUAGUUCAAGUAUUUGUAUGAUAAGGAAAAAUGUAAAAUCGGACCUGGUUUGUUUUAAAAUAAUUCUGGCUUGUGGGAUUAAGUGAAUGGUCGAUAUUCUACAUUCCCACAAGUCCCAGCCGAGAAGCUCUGCAUCCUGAAAAAUUUUGAAUGACUUGAUUAAGAAAGUAACGAAAAUGUUGCCACUCCUUUGCUAUGUGUCACAGUUAGAAUGGUAGGCUGGGAUGUCUUACUCUGAACUGCUUGGAAAAUACGGGUCCUGAACAGAUUCAUCGAUCAGCUACAACAUUAAAACCACUUAGAGGUGAACUGAAUGACAGAGAAUCAUCUUAUUAUAAUGUAUUCAUUUGUAGGACACCCCCCCCCCCCCCCCCCCAUGGCAGCAACGUCCAACGAUUCAGCAGGAUUUCCUCCUUCCACAUCACCAAAACCAUUUAAGGCACUGAUCUGAUCUCAGUCUGACUGAGUAGUGCAAUCUAUAGAGACCCCACAACCUUCAGAACCCAAAGGACCCACCACCAACGGCGUGGUGCCUGAUACCGCAGGACACCACUGGUCUUGUGUCUAUAACUAAUGGGUGGUUUUAAUAUUGUAGCUCAUCAGUGACUGUCCCUGCAGACAAAACAGAGGAAUGAUGAAUGUACUCUGUGGUAGCUGCUGGAUGUCACAUGUGAUAUCAUCACUCCGUUUCUUUGCAUUUGUAUGUGUUUGUAAAAUUUCUUUUGAGCACAGGGACCUGUUGAAUAUUAAUAGAAUUUGUUCAGCUGUUUGAAGUUGUACCACAUUUUGCUGUGUUUAUAUGUAGCACUUUGUUUUUCACACUGUUCACUUAGCGGAAAGAGACUACAUUUGUGGAACUGUUGGUUUUGCUUCUAAAAAAAGAGCACACUUUGAAAAGAUUGUGUUAUAAGCUUGUGAACUGCAGACAUAUGACAUCAGGUUUUCAAAGUUUUCAGCUAUUUGUAACUAUUUAAUGUAAUAAUUUCACAUCUGUCCUGUAGAAACUUUUACAGGAUAUGCAUAUUAUUCAGUUGCCUUUGAGCCUUUGGCGACAUGACCCGUCGCCCUGGAGGGGGAAGCUGUCGUAUGAACAGCAGCGUGCAGGCUGAUGGUGAGGGACUCGCUGUAGAAAUAUUACCAACCUGUGUGUGUUUAAAUCCUGUAGUCUGUAGGAAUCAUUCUUCCAUUUUGGACACCUCAAAACCUUUUUAUAGAAACCUUGACUUGAUAAGGACCAAAAACCAAACUCUGUUUUAUUUGUGACCUCGAAUGCACACCCAGAGGAAUGGGACUGUCAGACAUUAAAGACUGCAUGGGCGUGUUUUCCAAAGAACCACUGAUUUCAUGAAAUAGCUUGAAGGCUCCAGGCACUGUGAGAAAAUAUUUCUUUAUGCCAGAUUUACUGGCACCACUUUCUGCUGUUGUGUAAAGCUCAAAGCUCAUCCAGUUGGUCAAAGUGACUUCCAGUUUAUUAUGAAUCUCCCUGAUUGGCUGAGGCAUACUAUGACUUGAAAUACAAAUGUUUUUGCACUGAGUUCAGCAGUGAAUGUGCAAUCAAGAUGUUAUCAUUUGACUAUGAAGUACUGUGGGUUAUUCUUGAGAAAUCAAUGGUAUUAAACUUUUUUUUAUUUACA